CACCCAUAAGAAACUGUUGGUGCCUGGACCAACAUUGCAGUAUUCAGUUGUUGUUUUCUAAUAAAUACUAGGCUUGGACUAGUCUACAAAUGUCCACCUCGGAGUAAGUGAGUGAAUUUUGCUUAAUGCGAGAGGAAAGCCUAAAGUGACUAUUGGACUAUAUCACCCUCAAACGCAGUGCUGACCUGACAAUCCAAGGAUGAUAAUCAGAGCUCAUCAGGGACUGAAACCGAAUGAUCUGAGAUCCCAGCAUGCUGAAAUGGCGCAUAGGCAAUCACUCCUCCUAGCGUGAUACCCCAUCUGGGCGUGUGUGAACACUGGUAUAAUCUAUCAUGUCUGCAGAAGACACUGGUGAAAGAAACCCUCCUUUCCAAUGGUGUGGUAACCAGCGCACCUCACCAUGUCUGUUUUAUAAAUGAGAUGAUAAAUGUACCAGUCAUUUAGAACUGACCACACUGGCUUCACCUUCAGUUAAAAUAUUAUUCUUGGUCACCAGGUGUGCGCUAUGCCGCUUUUCCUGUCGCUUUCGACAUCAUGCGCGAGUUGCGAGUGUUCAGCCAGGACACCCUGCUGGAGGAGUUUGUACUUGGCGUGGUGCCCGGACUUCCUAAGCGGCUAGAUAAGGGUAUAAUGGCAGCAGAACUGGGGUGUGGCUAUGGCAUCCUAGCUUCUAAUUUGGCUCAACGAUAUCCAGCAACGACCUUUAUCGCCAGUGACGUGGUUGAUGAGCUGCUGGAGACUGCACGACAAGCAGCAUCUGUGAAGGGCCUCACAAACCUCCAUUUUGAACGUCAAGACAUUUAUGACCUCCCUGAUACAUAUAUGAACAAAUUUGAUUGGAUAUUAGUUCGUGACGUCAUUCAUGACCUGCCUCACCCUGAUCGAGCAUUGCGUGCGAUCUACCGGUCCCUGAAGCCCGGGGGAGAGCUGAGCCUCCUGGAAAAGGGCGUGACGGAAACAUUAUCGGAGAAUGUUGGCAACAUGGGCGUCUGUUCCCUGUAUACUCUGAGUACCUUCAGCUGCGUGCCUGAGAGCUUCCAGCACCCCGACUCCGCCGCCCUAGGAGCUGCAUGGAAUGUCUGUCAGGCCAGGGAAAUGAUAGAGAGGGCGGGUUUCACGCUGGUCAAAGAGUUCCAUAAUGAAAAGAACAAGCAGGAUGUUCACUACAUCUGUCGAAAAUGAUCUUUUGAUUUCAUAUAUGUCUUAGAUAGACACGAUAUAUGUCCCGCUAUAACUGUACAAUCUGUCCUUCCAGGGUUCACUUACCAACGUCCCAGAUCAGCAACUAGUUGCCAUGCCUGAGCUUGAUUUAAAUCAUGUCCAGACAAGGAAUAAUCCAACAAAUACGUGACAUCUGUUAACCAGCCAUGAAUGUUGUAACUUUAUUGUUUCAAGUCAAUUAAAACUCUUCAUGAACA